UCUCCUCUACAUCACAGCACCAAAAAAGGUUAAAGACAUUGAUCUAUACUCAGACAAAUACCAGCCUGACUGGACUAGAUUACCCCAUGAGCUGAGAGAGGUUCCAAGGAAACGAGUGAAGGUUAACAGAGCAGCAACAGCUACUACUAAAGUUGCUAGACCAGCUGACAAUGAGGAUGUUUCCAAACUGUUGGAGAAACUGGAACAGACUGAUACAACAUUAGAAAAUACUGAGAAUGCAGAGGCAAAAGAAGAAGAAGACGAAGAAGAAAAGAAAGGUGAAGAUGGGGAAGGUGACGAGAAAGAAGAAUAUGACGAAGAGGAUGCACAAGAGGAAACACAUUACAACCAAGCCUAUUUCGACAAUGGAGAAAAAUAUGACGAUGAUGAUGAAGAUGAUGAUGAGGGUCCUACCUACUGA